GAGAGGUUAAAGAAAAACAAAAAAUCGCAACAUUUCUCGUUCAACUAUCAACUCCGGUAAAUCAUGUCCAUCCACGUCGUCUCCAAGACCAACAACCACCAACAUGCAACAAUCGACCUCCCGCCCUCAGACUCCUCCCCGCUCAAACAGUCCUCCGUCCGCAUCCGACCAAGUUUGCUGAGCCUGACCUCCAAUAAUCUCACCUACGCUCUUCUUGGAAAUUUCUUGCGAUGGUGGGACGCAUACCCCGUUCCGCAAUCCGCACCGGCGCCCUACAACAACACUACAGAAUGGGGCAUUGUUCCGGCCUGGGGUCUAGCCACAGUGCUCGAAUCUACCCUUCCUGGGAUCCCCCUGGGGACGGUGCUCUUCGGUUUCUGGCCGACAGGUAGCCACGCCGUUGACCUAGAACUAAAACCGUCUGAAUUAGACGGGCACUGGAAAGAGGUAUCUGAGCAUCGAGCGCACCUGAUGCCGCUCUACAACCGGUACCGCGUUUUCGACACGCAGGGAAAAGAUGUCACCGAGUUCGCAUGGGACGCAGCAGUGGGGACGGUUUUUGCCGCGGGAUAUCUGAUGAGCGAGUAUAUUUUCACGUCUGAUCCAGCGGUCCGCCCGCCUAUACAUCCUUGCGGAAUUGUGACGGAUCAGGGCGUGCAGGACUGGACGGCCGCUGACGCGGAUCUCUCUAGAGCUGUCCUUGUGAGUCUGGGAGCGUCGACAAAGACGGCUCGUUCGAUGGCGUAUAAUCUUUUUCAGAGACCGAGCGGGACUGGACCGCUAGGUCUAUUACAGUUCACAUCUUCACCUGGGCCGAUUGGCGAAGCUGCGAGAGCGCUAAAUGACGCAAACGGAAAGAGCAAAUUUGCGGUGGGAAAUUUGGGGUACCCAGACGUUGGGUUGGCGGCGAAGUGGCUUGCAGAUAUCGAGCCAUUGCCUAGGAAGGUCAUCAUUGCGGACUUUGGUAGUAGGGACGGAAUUUUGGAGAGUGUGGUCGAAGACAUAAAGAAAAUGGAGUCAUUACAGGGCGUUGAUAUUGUGAUUAUUGCGGUUGGCAACCAGCAAAAGGUAUACACUCUGGGUGAAAUUCAAGCUCGGCAGGCCUCAUUUGCCUCUCUGAAUAAAGUCCAGAUGAAUACUUCUGACGUCUAUGAGGCUGCGAUCAAGCUUCGUGGUGCCGCGGACUAUUUCCGUGAGGUCGACCAGGCAUGGCAGAGCUGGUUGGAGAACCGCGAGGCUGCUGCGCCUGAUCUGAAUCUUGUCUGGGGUGAAGGAAUUGCUGGGCAGGAAGGUAUUGAAGCUGGAUGGGACAGGUUGUGCGCAAGUAGCGUCGCGCCCGGGGAGGCUCUCGUCUACCGGAUUUAGGUAGUCUGAGUGAGGUUAAAGAUGCCCGUAAUUAGCUGAGCGUUGGAGGCACGA